AUGUCUGCUAUGCGGCUGCUGCUCCUGUCUCUGCUUUGCGCCCUCUUUGUGUCCCUGUGCCAUGGGGCCUGUUCAGAGGUGGACUCGGACACUGAGGCCGUUGCAGGCAAAGGGUUCAAACUGGGCUGCAUCUCCUGUAAGAUGAGGCCCGAGGUGGAGGCUUCUGCCACAGUCGACUGGUAUUUCAAGGCCAAAGGGGAAGCUGACUAUGCACAUAUAUAUAAUUACAAUGAGGAGGGCCCCCACAUUGUGGAUGAGCGCUUCGAGGACCGCGUGGACUGGAACGGCAGUAAGAGGAGCCAAGACAUACAGGAUGCGUCCAUCUACGUCUUCAAUGUCACCUUCAAUGACUCGGGCACCUACAGUUGCCACUUCCACCGGCUCCUGUCGUACGAGUUCUACGAAUACCAGAACGUUGUCAGCAAACUUGUGCACCUGAAAGUGGUGGCUAAAGCCACCAGAGGGACGGCCUCCAUAGUCUCUGAGGUGAUGAUGUACGUGUCCAUCAUCGGGCUACAGGCUUGGCUCUACAUAGAGAUGGUAUACUGCUUCAGAAAGAUCUCAGCUGCAGGAGAGGAAGCAUUACGAGAAAGCGCGAAUGCAGAAUAUUUAGCUAUAGCCUCGGAGAGUAAAGAUAACUGUGCAGGAGUGCAAGUGGCAGAAUGA